AUGUGGUCACUCGUUCAACAUCGCCGUCUUCAGAAGCACGCUACCUCGCAGGGCACCAAGACCUCGUCUGAGAAGGUCAACCUCCCUAAAUCAGUUCAAGGAUGCCCAGCAGAUGCUGAGCAAAUGGGACCCGCGCCAGGCUUACACCAUGAAGAGUCCAGAGAGGGUCACAAAGUUUACAUCAAGACAAAUGGCGACGAUGACCCCGUCGACCCCCGCAACUGGCCGCUGCUUGACCGGGUCAAAAACAUCGCCAUCCUAGCUUACCUGGUCUUCGUGCAGGCAUGGGCCGGGGCGGCCGAGUCCAUGGCGAAUAGCGCCGCCAGCACCGAUGAGGGCCACUCCAAGGUCGCCGAGAACCUGGCCAUCUCCAUGUACCUGUUCGGCAUAGGGGCGGGCUCCUUGUUUGCCGGCCCCAUAUCAGAAACGGUCGGCCGGAAUCCGACCUACCUUGUCUCGACCUUUUGUUUCCUGCUCUUCGUCCUUGGUGCUGCGCUGGCGCCCAACUUCGGGGGUCGCCUAGUAUGCCGCUUCUUCAUCGGCCUGUUUGCCAGCGCCACGUUGACCAUCAACGGCUCCAGCGUCAGGGACCAGUUCCGGUCGGUCAAAAGGGCGUUUGUGUUCCCCGUCAUUGCGUGGGCAAAUGUAGCUGCACCCAUGAUUGCGCCAAUUGCCGGUGGCUGGAUCGUUGAGAAUCUUAACCUCGGGUGGCGCUGGAAUGAGUGGAUUACGCUAAUCAUCUCGGUUCCGGCUUUCAUCCUGGCUUUUGUCUUCCUCCCGGAGACUUACCUGCCCGUCUUGUUGGAUUGGAAAGCCUCGGGCAUUCGACGGGCCACAAAUGACAGGCGCUAUGUUUCGGAGCAUGUGUAUUCGAAUACCUUCAAGGCGCAGAUGAAGAAAGGGCUUACCAUGCCGACCAGGUUCUUUUUCACCGAGCCCGUCAUUGCCGUCCUCGGCAUCUACCUCAUCCUUCUCUACACCCUCCUCUUCACUUUUCUCUCGGGAUUCGACUACCUCUUCAGCGAAACCUACGGGCUGUCGACCGCCCUGACGGGCUCGUGCUUUGGCGCCAUCGCCUCAGGGGCAACAGCCUUCACCCUCCUGGCGCCAGGGCUCUACAGCUUGGCCCGGGCAAGAACAGAGCACGUCCGGGGCGCCAGAGUUUCGCCCGAGUUCCGUCUUUGGCCAGCCAUCGUGGCCGGACCGCUCCUGCCCGUCUCGCUGUUCUGGCUCGGAUGGGGCAACUACAGCAGUGUGUCGAUCUGGUGCAGCCUGACGGCGUGCUUCCUGUUCGGCGCCGUCAUGAUCGCCAUCUACGUCAGCAGCUACGAGUACAUCAUUGACAGCUACGGCGACCACUCUGCCAUGGCGUUGUCGAGUAUAACUUUUCUGCGAUACAUGAUUGCGGGAGGCAUGGUUAUGGCGUCGAGGCCAAUGUACAGCGGGAUUGGCGUCCACUGGACUAUGACCUUGCUCGGCUGCAUCGCUACUGUCCUCGCGCCGGCUCCCCUGAUCUUCUGGAAGUUGGGGCCGAAACUCCGGAAGAAGAGCCCGUAUGCUGAGAGUCCGGAUGGCAAGCAGUGA